GCACAGAACGUCAAAAAAGUUCGAACCUUUGCGAAGUUUUUCAUUCAAAUUACAAAUUUUGGGUGCAGUGUCCAUAAGAAUAUUUAACGAACACUGAACUGAACCCAGACCAAGGAGAAAAGCCUGGAACUCUAAAUGAAAUGAUCUACGAUCCCCAACCAACAGGAAAACCAAGAGAAAGCACAGCGAGCGGGACCCAAAACCCAGACAGCGACGGGAAGCGAAGUCGACCGGCCGCCCAAGACCCGACAGGAAACAGGCAAGGAACUGCAAAUGCUCUACUAAUUAACUUAGCUGGUGAUACAGAAACGUCAGAGGUUAAUGUUGCGGAGGGCGACGCUCAGAAAUAGAGACCUGCCUGUUGCUUCUAUGGUCAAAGUCUUACAAAAUCUGUGUGUUCUGCAAGUUUUGCUUCCAAAGCUGAGACUCAUCACCCAGAGACCUCAAGCCUUCUUUUUGCUUAGACUGAUCCACAUGGGCACGCAGGAGAGCAGUCACAACUUUUACAAACUUACCCCAGUAAAGUUGGGAUGUGAAGUCAGAGGGAUCAACCUGAAGCAAGAUGUUCCACCAGAAGUUAUGGCAGCUAUCAAGGAGGAUGUCACUAAACACAGACUAUUAAUUUUUAAGGACCAAGGUGUUGUGAGUGGGGAGAGACACGUGGAAAUUGCAAAGUGGUUCAAUGAGCCUGAGUCGACCUUCUACAAGCAUCCACGAUCACCACAUCCAGAUGUGUUUCGAGUGUCCAAUGACCGAUCAGAGGGUUGCACAAAUGUUGGACGUACAGGAUGGCACAUAGAUGGCAGUUUUCAAGAGGCACCUUUUGCAUAUGCACUCUACCAUAUGGUGAGCGUGCCGAGCAAUGGUCCAACCGUCUUUGCUCCAUUGACAGAUAUAAUAGAGGAGCUGCCAAGGGAGCAAAGAAUUCGAUGGGAGAGGUUGUACAUGAUUAGUGACGGAAGGUCUGGUCCAGUCCACCCCCUUAUUUACUCGCAUCCUAUAACAAAGAGGAAGGUACUCUGUUUCCACCUGGGCAUGACAGACUCCUUCAUCUGGGAUUACAAGACUCCACAACAGCGCAUCACUAAAGAAGAGGAGACCUAUUCUUUGCUACAAGAAAUUCACCAUGAAUUCAUAAAGAAUAAUAAAGUUCGGCAGUUUAGCCAUCAGUGGGAAGUUGGAGACUUCAUCAUAUCAGAUAACCUCUCUGUGGGACAUGAGGCAGCUCCUGAAACUCAGCUCCCCAGAAGUCAAGUAGGCCUAAGGAUCCUCCACCGUGUCACAACCAAAGGGCAUUGUCCUCCAGCAAAGGAGUAUGAUUAUCGAAAAGAACUAGGACUCUGAAGUUUGAUCACUUUUGGAACUCCUAUGCUUUAAAUUAUUUGUCACAGCAUAGCCAAUGAUACCCUUCUGAGAGCACUAUAAUGAGCUUAGGCAUUAACUUGUGUUAAAAUGCCUCAGUGACUGAAAAUACAGUUUUUAUUAGGGAAAUGCAGGUAGUUAUUGAAAAUAUUGUGGAAGGCUUCAGUAAUCUGUAUAUGCAAGGAUACAUGUACGAAGUAUGUUCAAUAAGCAAGGAGAAAUUUUUUGGAGAGGCUUUAUUUUUCUUUAGAAGCUUACAAAACUGCCACUCGCAGCUACACACUUGCACAGGUGUUUGUCUUGGAAUACCUAUUAAACCUUCUGUAGUCCAUUCAGUUACUUUGCCAAUGCCUCCUUCAUCUCCUCUGGAGUCAAAUUCGAACUUCCUUCAUGUUGUUUUUCAAGUGACCAGUUUUAUGCUGAAUAGAAUGAUUUUGUUUGCCUCUCACAAUUCCUUAAAUUUCAUGCUUGUUCAUA